UAUCACUAGACUUGAUAUUUAAAGCGGGAAAAUGAUUAUGUUGACAGUACUGAAUCGUGUUUGGCGACAAUAUUAACAUUUUGUAUCAAAACUAUUUGCUUUUCUUAUUGAGAUAUAUAUUUUAUUAUUUGAAUCAUGACUGAGAAUAAAAAUAACGUAAUAGAAUUAACGGAUGCCGAGGCUGAAUUAUAUGAUCGGCAAAUUCGUUUAUGGGGUGUAGAAUCACAGAGACGAUUAAGAACAGCAAAAGUUUUGAUUAUUGGAAUGAAUGGAUUUGGUUCUGAAGUUGCCAAAAAUAUAAUAUUGGUGGGUGUUAAAACAGUGACACUAUUAGAUCAUAGAAAUAUGACAGUAGAAGAUACCUGUUCUCAGUUCUUUUUACCUCAUAAUCAAAUAGGUAAAAAUAGAGCAGAAGUAUCUUUGCAAAGAGCACAAAAUUUGAAUCCUAUGGUUGCAGUUGAGGCAGAUACUGCAAAUGUGGAUGAUAAACCUGAUGAAUUUUUCAGUAAUUUCAAUGUCAUUUGUGCUAUACAGUGUACUAUUACUCAAUUAAAAAGAAUUAAUAAGAUAUGCAGGGAACACAAUAUCAAAUUCUUCGCUGGUGAUGUUUGGGGUUCUUUCGGAUAUACUUUUGCAGAUUUAAUGGAACAUGAAUAUAUCGAGGAUGUUGUACAAACUAAGACAAUACCUGUUACUGGAGAUAAUUCAUCUAAAAAUCGAGUUGAAAAAAUAGUUGUUGCUGAAAAACGCAAGGAUACAUUUGUUUCUUUUGAAACUAUCGUUGAUUUAGAUAAAAGUCGCGUACCUACAAAGAAUGCAGUGAUGUAUUAUGGAUUGAUGACAAUGUUGCAUUAUCGUGAAAAACAUAACAGGGAUCCUUUACCUAGUGAAAGAAAUUCCGAAAAAUUCCAAGAGGAAAUCAAAACGAUUGCAGACAAAUACGAAUUGGAAGAUGUAGUUAAAUAUCUGUCAGAGGAAAAUUUGUAUGCCCAAAUUAGUCCAGUUUGUGCCAUAAUUGGCGGAGUUAUGUCUCAAGAAAUUAUAAAAGCUGUUUCACGUAAGGAAGCUCCACAUAACAACAUGUUCCUUUUCAGUCCUACGACUAUGUGCGGCCAAAUAUUAAAAUUGGUUUAAUCAUUAUCUUCGAGUCAUUAUUUUCAGACUUUAAUAUCAAUUCUUUUGAUACUUUCCAUAUCAAUAAAUUAAAAAGUUUACAAAACAAUUAAUUUUGUAUGAAUAAAAUUUUGUCUAUGCUGG